GGCCGCGGCGGCGACGCUGCGUCAUUCCGCGUCGCUCGCCCGACCGCUGCAGAUGUCGGACGUUUUACAAAAAUGACUGAACGAUUCGACGUCGAAAUGUUUAUCAGUGAAGUGAAGAAGUAUCCAGAAAUAUGGGACCUAAAUUGUGAAGACUAUAGGUUAAAGAAGCGGAAGGAUCGCGCGUGGGCCGAGGUGGCCAGGGUUUUUAUAGCCGACUUCGAUGAUAUGACUGCGACCGAGAAGAAUGAAAUUUACAGAAGUCUUUACGGAAAAUGGCGUAACCUCCGAGACUCCUUCGUGAGGCAUUUGCGGAAAGAUGGAGAUAGUAAAAAUAGCUACGUGUACGCAAACAACCUGGCAUUCCUCAAUGACCUAUACAAGCCUGGCAGCACUCAAUCCGACGAGGAACUCAUGAACUGCCCAGAGGACCAGAAACCCAAGCGGAAAAAGAUUAAGUACAACAAAUUCGAAGAUAUCUGGAAUCGCGACGAGAUAUCCCCCGUAGAAGACACGAAAAUAAAAGGCAAAGACAUUGAAUUCAUAGACACAUUCCCGACUGCGAACUGCAGUACCUCAUUCCAAAUGGAAGAUGAAGACAGAUCAUUCUUUGAUUCCCUAUUACCAGCUGUAAGAGAACUGACUAUAGACCAAAAGCUAGAAUUCCGAAGUGAAGUGAUUAGUGCAUUAAAAAAUAUUAGGUCAACCAACAAAUUCAAAUUGGACCCAGGGACCGGUGACUUCAGUGAAACAAUGUAGGUUAAUUUUAUUGUUGUUUUAUGCUAAUGUGAUCAAGUAAUAAAUUUUCGUUUCAUUAACA